AUGAACUCCCACAUCGACGCUGACCCCACCCAAGCGGUGGACGGGCUCGUCCGCGCCAUCCGGGAUCUGACCUCCGACCCCAACUACAAGCUGGUUGCCGACGUCUUCAGCGAGUUCCUCUAUGUCAAGGAGCAAAAUAACAAGCUCUCCAGCUCGCACCAGGUCGUACUAGAGGAGUACCGCAAGUUCCGGAAUGAGCUCGAGGACCAGAGAACCGAGCUGGAGACCGAGAAGAAGGGCCUCGAGGCCGUGUUGCAGGAAAAGUUGCAGGAGAACUUGCAGCUCAGUGCCACCCGGGCAAGGUUAGAGGGCGAUCUCCUGGAUGCCCACAAAGCGACUGAGGCCCGGAUUAAGGAGGCAGCAGAGGCGGCUGCGGUGGCUGCCCAACGGUACUCUGACCUCCAGGACGCCACGGCCCAGGCGUAUGCGGAAUUCGAAAAGAAGAAGGCAAGGGAAUUCGCCGAUUUCGAAGAGAAGACGGCAAAAACGUUCUUGGACCUCGAGGAGAAGAAAGCAAGGGAAUAUGGUGAGCUUGAGGCUAUCAAAGCGGCCGUGGAGGAGGCGAAACGCCUGGGCGAAGAGGCUGCCGCUGCGGAGAUCGCAACUCUCACCACAGCCAAGACAGGCCUGGAGGAGAUCAAAGCCAACAACGAGACCGAAAUCGAGAGUCUCAAAGGGAAUGUGACCGAUCUUGAGAAGGCCAAGGCGGAUCUCGAACAGGUGAAGGCCGACAACGAGGCGGAAAUUACGUCCCUCAAGGAGAAAGUCGCCACUCUAGAGGGCGAGAAGAAGAGCCUUGAGGAGGAGCUCGAGGCGGCGCGGCAAGAAAUCUCCUCGCUCAAGGAAACUGUCGCUCAAAGAGACGCCGAGAUCGAGAGCCUGCGGGAGUCGCUGCGGGCAGCAGAGGAGCAAAUCGCCUCGCUGCAACAGACAAUCGAGGACAAGAACGCCGAAAUCGAGGAUCUCCAUGGCAAGCUUACGGCCGAGGGUGAGCGUGCGGAACAGGCAGAGUUACACGGCCGUGACCUCCAGGCUCAACUCGAGAACACAACGAACAACCUGCAGCUCACAGCCGGGAAGCUCGCUGACCUCGAGCAAUACCGCAUCGUCAUGAACACUGACAACGACGACACUUACGUCACUGUUCUUGACAAAAUCUGGACCACCAUCGUGACUCUUGUUGAAGGCACAUUCCGGCCCGAUAUCGACGAACAGACCCUGGCUGACCCAUCAUGCUGGUCCAACCUUCGCAACUCGCCCUACCUCAAGCACGCCACACAGCUCCAGAUCCCACUCCCGCAGUCCAACACGCCAGCUGCCAAGGGCAUGCGGAUCAGUGCCGUGCUGGCUGUGCUCUCUCGCGCCAUGCACAAGCAUCUCUUCCGUCCGGUGUACCUCCUCGACGACGACGACGAAAACCUAGUCAAAUUCCUCCGGGCACUGGAAGAUGAGGACCCAACACGCGAGGCACACAUGCGCGCUACACUUCUGUCGAUGAUGCCAGAACGCCAGGUCGAGUCGGGCGCGCGCCGGGUGAAGAUGGUUGUGCGCGAGAUCUCGUGGCUAGUGCAGCAUCUCCUGACAGCUUUGCAAUUCGAGGCGUUUUGCACCGGGCUUGAGGCCGCCUGCAAGCUUGCUUGCGACCAGUGGAUGCGCAUCCAACUCGCCCAUAUGAAGAUCGAGCCCUACUUCGGCCCGCCCUACGACGAUUUCGACUGGCAGGUCCUCGAGCUUCCCGAAUUCGCUGAAGCCGCCGAGCACGAAGCCGGGCUCCACAACAUCCGCCCCGAGACUGCGCUCACCGAAGACCGUCUCGAGACCAUCGAAGCCAGCAACUCAUCCACCGAAGGGACCAGCGCCCCUGAUGCCGCCAGCAGCAGUCAUACGCCCCACGACGCCGCCUCCUCUUCCUCCUACCACGCCGGGCUUCCCGAUGACGACAUCAGGGACGACGAGGUUGAUCCCGAUGAAAUCCUCCUUGUUGUCUGGCCCAGCAUGUGUGCCGUCGAGGCCGGCGAGCUCAUGUCCAUUACCCAAGGGCUGGUCAUCUCCAAGGAGCAGGCGCGCCCUGCACUAGACGAACAGCGCGCCCGGUCGCGGAUCCCACCGCGCCCUGGCUCGCGCCGUGCGAGGACCAUGAGCAUGCAUGGACAGAGUCGGGGGAGCAGCCCGUCGCGGCUGGGCAGGCAUUUCCUUGCUCAAAGCCAUGUGCCGGCGGAUUUGGACGGGAAUGAAGAAUAA